AUGCCUUGUUCUGAUGCCUUUUUGAACUUUAAGGGUGAAGUGUUCAAGACACGAGGUGGAGGACAGUCAGUCCAGUUCACUGAUAUAGAAACUCUGAGACAGGAGCUGCCCACUGGACCAAGCCGUAAGAGGAGGUCGUCUGAGGGCAACACUGCCCAGGGGGGCGACCGUCUGGAGGGAGACUGGACAGAUGUGGAGACCAGGUGUUCUAUGGCUGUCGAGAUGAGGGCUGGGUCUAACCUGGGUCCGGGCUACCAGCACCAUGGGCAUCAGAAGUAAGUAUCAUUUCUUACAUAGGUUUUAUUCAACAAAUACGUAUGUGUGAACUUUCGAGGGACACGUUUCAAGGUUUCUAAAUUAUUACACGAGUGUACAAAACAUCAGGAACACCUGCUCUUUCCAUGACAGACUGACCAGGUGAAUCU